CACACAACCGAACAAUGGUCAAUCAACUGGAAAAGUUCCUUAGAGUAUUGCUUGUAUUAGCUGGCUUUGCUGGAUUGGGUUUGGCACAAAAUCUGGAGGCGCAAGCUCAAUGCGCUCAGGUGUCAUAUGCGUUGUUCGAAGAUCAAAACGACUGUGGACAGUUCGUGUUCUGCCAGGGAGGCACAGCUGAAAACUUGGACUGUCUGACGGAUGAGAUUUGGUCCCAAUCCAGAACUGCUUGCGUGCUGGGAAAUCGUGACACUUGUGAACCGUGGGAUCCUUGGGAGGCAUGUGACGGGCGGCCCAAUGGUCCAACAGUAUAUCCAAGGAACUGCAUGCAGUACAUUAGUUGUAUCGGGCUGCAGGCAGAAGUGAUCGAGUGUUUGCCAGGUUUUGUGUAUGUGGAAAACGGAACUAGCUGCGAGGUCGGAAAUGCCCUAUCAUGUGAAUCACUGACUUCUCUGUGUGCAGUGGUUGGUACUAGUGAUCUUUUUUCCCAUCCGAUUUUUUGUAACGCCUACAUUGGGUGUAACGGAACUGAGCCUGUUUUGGAGUAUUGUUCAGCAAAUCAAAUAUUUGAAACGAACAUUCAGUUUUGCGUGCCUGGAAAUGUUGGAACAUGCACUGUCACACCGGUGGAUGCGAUUUGCGAUUUAAUGACGAAUGGCAUUUUUCCACAUCCAGAAGAAUGUACUAAAUUUGUGCAGUGCAGUGGAAGCAUCACCACUAUUGUUGAUUGUCAGCAAGGAGAAAUUUUUAAUCCACGUAUUUCCGGCUGUGCCGCAGGUGAUACGGAGAACUGCCUGCUGCUCGACACUCUUUGCAACGGUCAGCGAGAUGGGGUUUUACUUAGUCAUCCAAAUUAUUGUAGUAGCUUCAUCCGAUGUUCUGGUAACGCUGCCAGCUUGCAAAAUUGCCCACUUGGUAGAAUUUUUCGUUCGGACAUGCAAUUCUGCGUACCAGGAAAUCAAGAAACCUGUGAAUUUACUCCACUUGAGGCAAUGUGUGAGAAUAUACAAUUUGGAACGAUUUUUCCCCAUCCAGAAGACUGCACGCAGUAUGUUCGAUGUCAAAAUGGCCAAAGUGUUUCCGUCUCAUGUCCAGAUCAUACUAUCGUAGAGCCUGGUACUAUCGUUUGCGUACCUGGAGACCAGGAAAGUUGUCUAGUUUUGGAUUCAUUUUGUGAAGGAAUCGAUGUUGGUAAAGUUGAAGUUCCCAACCACUGCACAGCGUACGUGUUAUGCGACCGAGGGGUGGCGACUUUCGUUGAGUGCUUGCCAGGAGAAAUUUUCAGUGCAGCCGAGCAAGCUUGCAUCCCUGGCAACACGCUCGAGUGUGAACGCCUAGGUUGUGCCGAGCAAGAGAACAGCAUUUCGAUUCAUCCGAAUCAAUGCAACAAGUUCACUAUUUGUAACAAUGGACAAAUAUCUCUUCACCCGUGUCGCGUAGGUGAUAUCUUUAACCCCACGUGGCUGGUUUGCACCGCGGGAGACCCUACAACCUGCGAGUUUCGUCCGGUCGAACAAAUGUGCGUCGGACACUACGAUAAUACUCGUUUGCCUUAUCCUUCGGGAAAUGAUUGUCGUCAAUUCGUGGUCUGUACCAACGAACAAGCAAGCGUAGUGACUUGUCCGGAGGAAACUGUACUGCAACCGCAGACACUGUACUGCUUUCCCGGUAAUAUGGAUACCUGUGAACUGCUGAAUAUUAACUGUGAUCCGAAUCAAGAGGAAACAAUACGGCAUCCAACAAGAUGUGAUAUGAAAAUAAAUUGCGUCGCCGGUUUUCCCGUUAUCGAACAAUGUCCUGAAGGAGAAAUUGUGAACGAUGAUCUCGAGUGUGCUCCAGGUGAUGUGAUGGGUUGUUUUUGUAUCGGGAGAGCAGAUGGUCUGUACAAGCACCCAGGCGAUUGUAGUCAGUAUAUGCGUUGCUCAGGCGAGGAAGUAGAACGAAUCAGUUGUCCAGAGGGCGAAAUUUUCCGUGAAGAUAUGUUAAUGUGUGUACCUGGAGAUUCCAAUAGCUGUGAACCUGCUCAAGUGGGUGAUAUGUGCGGAGGUCGUCCAGAUGGGCAAAGAUACCCGCACCCAGAUGAGUGUGAUCAAUUCGUCGUUUGUACGGAUGAGUUACCAACGGUGAGUGCAUGCGAUCGCGGUAAUGUUAUACAACCGGGAACGGGAAACUGUGCGGCAGGAAAUGCUGGAACCUGCGAACUUUACGACAAUUUGUGCGUCGAAGAGAACAUCGGUCAUCCUGAAUAUUGUGACCUAUUUAUUGAUUGUCAACUUGAAGUGGGUGUUGCGAAAUCUUGUUCGAGAGGAGAAAUAUGGGAUCACGAUAGUUCAAGAUGCCUGCCAGGUACGGUUGAACCAUGCGGAGUGUUGACCUUAUGCUCCGAAGCGGAGAACGGUGUAAGGUUACCGCAUCCAGAGUUCUGCGACAUUUACAUUGAAUGCGUAGAGUCUGAGGAUACGAUCGUAGCAUGUCCAGUAGAUCAAAUAUUUGAUUCCACGACAGGAGAGUGUGUUCCUGGAGAUAGUGAGACUUGUGAAGUGCAGCCCGAGGUAAACAUUUGCACAGAUAUUGUCGACGGAACGCUUCUACCUAAUCCUGAAAGUUGCGAAGCGUAUUUUCGUUGUGAACAAGGUGAACCAGUGAGCUUGGCAUGUCUACCGGGACAUAUAUUCGAAGGUAAUGAGUGCGUUCCUGGUAGCUCCUUCGGCUGUGAAAACUUCAUCGAACAGUGCGUUGGUGAAAUUGGUAGAAUAUUACCUUUCCCUGAUGGAGUGCAGUGUCGUUUGUUCCUAGCCUGUUCCAACGGUGUAACAUCUGUUGGUAACUGUCCGGAGGGGCAAAUUUUGGUUGAUGACGGGCAGCUUUGUACCGCAGGAGAAGAAGCUAGUUGUGAGGUAAACGAAGAAAAUAUCGACUUCUGUAGCGGAUUAGAUGACGGACUAUACGAACAUCCGCUGCUCUGCUAUCUGUAUGUUGAGUGCACUGGCGGAGUGUCACAGGUUAGCACAUGUGCAGGGAAUGAAAUCUUCAGCCCCGAUGAUUCCGAAUGUAGAGAAGGCGAUAGAGUAAAUUGUUCAGUAUCUGGCGGCGAUAGCAAACAUUAAUAUGGUUGCGAAG